AUGAAGCUGGUGAUGGGUUUGGUGUUUGUGGGGUGGUUGAUGAUUUGGAUUAUGGUGCCCACAAGCACUUACAAAUACAACUGGCUGCCAAAGCUCCGGGCAAAUACCAACUCGACUUAUUUCGGAAGACAAGGGACCAACAUGUUAAUCUUCACAUUCCCCAUCCUCUUCAUUUCUGUUCUUGCCUGCAUCUAUCUCCACCUAGUAAAGGGAAGCAGCAGAAUUCAAAGCCGCCGACUAGCAGUAUGGAAGAGACCUGUGAUUGUGAGGUGGCCUCUCGGAAUGGUUUCGGGUAUAGAGUUAUCUUUUUGCUUUAUGUUUCUGGCACUCCUCAUUUGGUCCUAUUCCAUGUACCUUAGCGUUGGUUUCUCCAGCCUCCACGGUGCUGCUAAUAAAGGCGAGAAAUUGUGGCAAUCCAAGUUGGACAGUGCAGCCGUGCGGCUGGGGCUUGUUGGGAAUCUCUGCUGUGCUUUCCUCUUCUUCCCAGUAACACGCUUGUCUUCGCUCUUGCCACUCAUCGGCCUUACCUCUGAGUCCAGCAUCAAGUAUCAUGUUUGGCUUGGGCACGUUGUCAUGAUACUCUUCACUUCACAUGGAAUAUGUUAUGCUGUCUAUUGGGCUACCACCAACAAGAUUGAUGAGAUGCUGAAAUGGAACAAUACCGGGGUGUCGAAUGUAGCUGGAGAAAUAGCUUUGGUAGCUGGAUUAGUGAUGUGGGCAACCACGUUCCCUCGCAUAAGGCGUACGAUGUUUGAGCUCUUCUUCUACACCCAUCAGCUCUACAUCCUUUUCCUAUUCUUCUACCUAUUGCAUGUGGGGAUCGCCUAUUUCUUCUCGAUUCUCCCCGGCAUCUAUUUGUUCAUGGUGGAUAGGUUUUUGCGCUUCCUGCAAUCACGAACCACGGUCAGGCUGAUUUCUGCACGCCUUUUGCCAUCCGAAACAGUUGAGCUGAACUUCUCCAAGAGCCCUGGAUUUAGUUACAACCCAUUGAGCUCAGUGUUCAUCAACGUCCCGAGCAUUUCAUCGCUUCAGUGGCACCCCUUCACCGUAAGUUCCAACAGUAACUUGGAACCAGACAAGCUCAGCAUCAUCAUCAAGAAAGAAGGAAGCUGGACGCAGAAGUUGUACCAGAAACUCUCUUCCCCCGGUCCCCAUGAUCGCUUGGAUGUUUCGAUUGAAGGGCCUUACGGUCCUACUUCAAUGAACUUCCUGAGGUAUGAUUCCCUAAUAAUGGUGAGCGGUGGUAGUGGAAUAACCCCCUUCAUCUCGAUAAUCCGAGAGCUCAUCCACCGGAGCACGACUCUCGACAGCCCAAAUCCAAGUGUUCUCCUCGUUUGUGCCUUCAAGACCUCAGCCGACCUCACCAUGAUUGAUCUCCUCCUCCCAGCAUCAGGCAACGUCUCCGACCUCUCCCGCCUGAAGCUACGGGUAGAAGCUUUCAUCACGAGAGAAAAAGCUCCGGCCGACAACGCCGGAAAGAUCAUUCGAACAGUAUGGUUCAAGCCCAUCCCUUCGGACGUGCCGAUCGCUCCUGUCCUCGGUCCCAAUAGCUGGUUUUGGUUGGGAGCAAUAGUGUCAUCUUCUUUCGUUGUCUUUCUUGUGCUCAUUGGCAUCCUCACACGUUACUACAUCUACCCAAUCGACCACAACACCAAUGCGAUCUACUCCACCUCUGCAAGGUCCGUUUUGAACUUGUUAUUCAUUUGUUUCAGUAUAGCGGCGGCAGCAAGUGCAGCAGUUUUAUGGAACAAGAGAGGAAGCACCAUGGAAGCGAAGCAAGUCCAGAACAUAGACGCACCGACCCCGACAACGACACCCAGCUCAUGGUUUUAUAAUGCUGAAAGAGAGCUCGAGAGCGUCCCGCUAGAGUCUCUUAUUAAAGCUACCAAUGUGCACUAUGGUGCAAGGCCUGAAUUGAAGAAGAUGCUGUUGGAGUCUGAUGGCCGGAAUGUUGGGGUCAUGGUCAGCGGCCCCAGUAAGAUGCGUCAUGAAGUCGCGGCCAUAUGCUCGUCAGGUCUGGCAGAUAACCUGCAUUUCGAAUCCAUUAGCUUUAGCUGGUGAUA